GCUCCGACGUCAGGUUUCAUCGCUGGCCGGAGGAGAGACUCUGCUGUUUCGUCCAUCUCUAUGGCGCUGCCCCGCCGCCGGUCCAAGCGGCGCCAGUCCUCCUCCCAGUCCAAACUGUUCCGCUCCCGGUUCGGCUCCUUCGGCUCACGGAAGCUGGGAGGGACGCCGUCUGCAAGACCUCUGUAUAAGGCAUAUUCCAGCAAGUCUCUGACCCCGGAAGUGGUCACCCUGGCGAUCCUGGUGGACCUGCAGCUGGCGUGCGGCGCCUGGCGCAUGGAUGCACUUCUGGCCAAGGCGCUAGGGGUCUCCCUUGAGCAGCUGCAGCGGUCGAACCCGAUGGUGACACCUAAGAAGGUGUUGAACUUGGCGUGCGACAGCCGCAUCUGCCUGCAGCCAUUCAAGACAGUCAAAUCACACAGGAUCACCAAGAAGCGCCAGAGGCAGAUGAAACAUGGAGCACUAAAGGAAUCCGGCAGGCGGCGCCACGAGAGAUCCAGCCCUGACCAGAACGGGGACCAGAACGGGAAGACAUCCUCAUCCGAUGAGACCAUGCAGGUGGAGAAGACCAACUCCGUGGAGGCUCGAGAGGAAGAGGAAGCGAUCGCCAAGGAGGAGGAAAAUAGAUCAGAGAAGGAUAAGAAAUGUACGGAGGAGAUUCUUAGACUCUCCGAGCAGAUACAGAAACUGUCCCUGGACGUCGAACUGGACGAGGUGUACCAGAAGGCGCAUGCGCAACCCAAGUCACGUGGCAGGUCGAUGUCGAUCACCGUCUGCGAGUUUGAUAGGUCGCCUACGUCGCCUAGCAACCUGCCUGGCAACCAACAGAGGCGGAGGAGCCUGUCUGAUGGGCUAGGGCCGAUUAUACCAUUCGAUCCGGAGGGGAGGCGGAUGCAGAUGACCCAUCCCAAGUUAGAACCUAUCCCCUCUUUAUCAGUGGACGAUGCCGAGCAUAGAGUCGCACCGAGAAAGCCAAAACGCGCUUCUGUCUGCGAAGCAACCGCAACAGCAGCGAAAGGAAAAGAAUCCUUAGAAAACGGCGAAAAUUCAGAAAAGGCGGGGAAAAUUCCUGUCAAAGACCAGGUAGAACCCGAUACGCGGGAGAGGACCAACAGCAACACAAGCACCCGCAGCACCGGAAGUGUUCGCUUCAAGAACGUGGAUGACCCGGAAGCAGAAGGGGACAGGCGGGAAGGGGGCUCCAAGUGGAAGCCCGACUCGCGGCGGGACAGCGCCUUCAGUGUUCAGAGCGGAGCCAGCUUCACGAGCGAGGCGUCUCAGGGGGAUGGAGGUAGGGGAUCCUCGGGGGAGGAGAGCCCCUGCACCGAGAGGGAGGACCACACAGAGAGCAUGGCCUGGGCAACGGCGAUUGUCCUCUGCUGGCUUGAGUUGAAAUGUUCCAGCUACCUCCAGGAGUGGGAUCUGCUUGCCGCCAAGGCGACCACGUGGCUGGGUGACCUUUCACCCCAGCUGCCCAAAGGGUUCGACGCGGGAAGCGUGAGGACGUCUGCUGCGCAGGCGCUGGUUCUGCUGCAGAACAAGGACGGGAAGGACGGCAAGGUCAUCAACAAGAAGACACAGUCCACCCGACUGUAACAUGACACCACUGGGUCAAGGGUGAACAGCUAUAAACUAGCGUAAUCAUGUGACGUCAUCGAUGGGUUUACUGUAUGUUAAUGUCUAAUUUUCGAUUUUGACUGACUGUACAAACUUUUGGGAUAGAUCUUUUGGGAAAGAUCUUUCGGAACCCCAAAAUUGACUGAGCGAAAGUGACAUUUGCAGACACACAGAUGUAGACAUGGGCUGUGGAUCAAAUGCAUAUAAGGACACCGACAUGGAGGACAGAGGUCACAGCCAUGGCGUCCUUUUUAGAUUGAAAAAAAAUCCAUCACGUGACUGAACAUGAUCUGCAUAUUUAUGAACAGGGAAUUGUUUACAGUCAGCAUAAAAAGGAAGUAAUCAAACAAAAAGGGCGGAAAUUCCUUAGAAAUAUCUGACAGAAGCGUUAUGACGACCCAGGAGAUCCAGUCUGUCUCGAACGGAAUCCUUUUGUGCGUUUUUGGUAAUUUCAGUGACAUACGAUGUGUCAAGACAGCCAUGCAAAAGGAAGACAUAUCAAUCAAUUUUCAUUAGAUAAAUCGAUGACUUCGCUACCAAUCAUUCUCAUUAUUCUCGCAUGGACAUCAAAAUACCAUUGAAACUUUUUAAAUGAUAUCUUAAGCUAAGGACACAACCCGCCGUACGUGCAAAUACGUGCUGUCUACGUGCCAAAACGUGGGCAAUCUUUUGGGAUCCGUAAGUGGUAAGCACUGCCUCCGUAUGAACUCG